AUGGGCACACUUGUGAAACCCAGAAAAGUGGUGCUGGUCCUGGCCGGAUGCUACUCCAGACGCAAAGCCAUCAUUGUGAAGACCAUUAGUGAUGGCACCUCACACCGCCCCUACAGCCAUGCUCUGGUGGUUGGAAUUGACCGCUGUCCUUGAAAAGUAACAGCUGCCAUGGGCAAGAAAAAAACCACCAAGAGGUCAAAGAUCGGGUCUUUUGUGAAAGUUUAUAACUACAAUCACCUUGUGCCCACAAAGUAUUCUGUGGAUAUCCCCUUGGACGAAACCAUCACCAACAAGGACAUCUUCAGAGACCCUGCUCUUAAAUGCAAGGCCCGACAGGAGGCCAAGGUCAAGUCUGAAGAGAGGUACAAGACAGGCAAGAACAAAUGGUUCAUCCAGAACCUUUGGUUUUACAUUUUUAGUUUCUUUCAAGGAAAGAAUAAGAGGAAAAAGACUCAGUCUAAAACGUGGCCACCCUCUUAUACCUCUGAAGGACAGUUCUACGUGGAGUACCUCUGGCACCUGCAACUGGACAAGUCCCAAGACAUACUCAUUAACUAUCCUCAAACUCUCCUGAUUUUCUCUAUUGCUAUUAAUGGCAGCAUCCUCUUAAAGGAAACUGUUCACAAUCGCAAAGACUACUUUGCCUAUUGCCCACACUUGCCAAAAAAUGCCAAGAGAAUUCGGUUGACGGGACGGAAACUCGCUGCUCGCCGCAGGCGCCAACAAGAGACGCAGCGUGUCCAGCGGCCCCAAGACCACGACUCGGACCCCGAGCCGAGCGCGCCCGCGCCCCGACCCACAGCAGCGCCGGCCACAAAGGGACAGGGGACGCGGACGCGCUCGGGCCUCCUCCCGCUUCAACGGUUCCGGCGUCUCCGCAAAGCUAUCCCUCCCUGCGCGACCCGCGGCGAGGCGCAGAACCGCGGCGCCGGGCCACGGCCCCUGGCGGGCGGCUUCGUCUGCGAUGGGCUCGGCUGUGCCAUCCGGACCGAGUGGCCUCCCCCCUCAUCCGCCCAAACCUGUGUAUGGACAAAGGCUGCCGCAGCAAGUAAAAUAAAACUCGGGCCCUUGCACGUCGAGCAGGUCACGGGUGGGAGAAAAUGGAGGUGUCCUCACCGUGCCGAGGCCCUGGGCUCGGCUCCCGGGCCCCAGCACGAGGCUGCCCCUGACCGCCGAGUGGGGCCGCACGGAGCCGCCGAGGAGGGUUGGAGCUGGAGGACUGUCGGGGCGCCGCGUCCGGCCCUGCUGAGCCCUGCGCCUGGGAUGCAGGAGGUGCAGGUCCGAGGGUGGGCGGUGAGAGGGGAGGCCACCGACCUGCACCGCCGGAAGAGGCAGCCGGGCCUCGAGGGACAAAAACUUCCCGGCCACCUGCAGAAUGAGGAUUAUAUGGGAAAGUGUCUCCCGCGCAGUGCCCUGAGAAGGGGUCCCUUCCACUUGUCCCCUGGGGAACACUCCUCCGUGGUACCAAUUCCAACACCCGAGUACCCUACCCUGAAGAGUAGGAGACAAAACCACAUAGUCCUGUAUCACACUGGACAUGAACAAAUGUCCUUUUAA